CUAUGCGGUUUGAUUAUGUGUACCGUGGCAUAAAUUUAUCACCAAUACCCCAAAGACAAGCCUACCUUUGAUCCUCAUUAUUUAAGUGUGUAAGGAAUUUGCGAUCAAAAUGGAUGUUCCACCUGGGUUAAGGCAUCGUAAGUCUCAACAAAGGCAAGGGCACCAGAGGAAGCCUAAGGCCAAGCAACAUGAGGGAAGACAACCCCAGCUGUUUGAUGACACCAGCACUGGCAUGCCCCCACCACAGGAGGCAGCAGCACCACCAGCAGGAGGGGGAAUGCAACAGAACCCCUACGGAGGCCAACCUGGGCCUAUGCAACCUGGGUACCCUGGACAGAACCUGAUGAAUGACCCCAUGGCCAACAUGGCCAUGCAGUAUGGUGCCUCAUUGGCAGACCAAGGAAAAGAUGUAGUAGAGAAACAGAUUGACAGGUUUAUGUCUGUGAGCAAGCUCAAGUACUAUUUUGCAGUGGACACAACUUAUGUUGCAAAGAAGCUCCUUAUCUUACUCUUUCCAUUUUCACAUACAGACUGGACCAUUCGUUAUAACCAAGAUGAGCCGGUAGCCCCACGCUAUGAAAUCAAUGCUCCUGAUCUGUAUAUUCCUGCAAUGGCAUUUGUCACUUAUCUCCUGCUGGCUGGGGUAGCACUGGGACAACAGCAAAGAUUCAGUCCUGAGAUGCUUGGGAGGCAAGGUAGUUCUGCCCUGGUCUGGUUCAUCAUUGAGGUCAUAGCAGUCAUCGUCACCAUGUACAUCACCAACAUCCUCAACGCACUCAGAAAACUGGAUUUAGUGGCAUUUUGUGGAUAUAAAUAUGUUAGCAUGAUUGUAUGCCUCCUUGCCAGUGUCACGUUGGGUUCAUUCUUCUAUUACAUCGCAUUCUUCUACACAAGUGUCUCAAUAAUCUUCUUUUUGGUUCGGAACUUAAAGCUAGUCAUCUUACCGGAAUCGCAAGACGACGGCAUGGGCCACGGCAGCAAGAGAAGAAUGUACAUCCUUCUCUUCAUCGCCGUCAUGCAACCCAUAUUCAUGUACUGGUUGACCUUUCACCUCACAGGCCAGAUAGCAGUCAAGGGUGGCAAGUAGAGAAACACAAUGCAGGGUGCGAUGAAUGGGCAAGUUGAAGCUAAUUGGAUUAUCUGCCACAAAUAAGAUCUUAGUAUAUAUGGGACCCGUUUCACAAAGCCUUUUUUCAAUGACAAAUGACCAAAAUCAGUGACAAAUCUGCUGAUAACCAAUAAGAAUCAAGGAUUUCACUAGCUUAUAACACAAACUGCCAUUUAUCACUGAUGACAAGUUUUGUAAAAUGCGGCCCAGAUCAUUGUAUUAAUUUAAUAGCCCUACUGUAGGUCUGUCCGGAUGUGAAGUGUGAAGUGAUUUAUGUUCUGAACUCCAAACAUUUGGUACCCAGACCCAGUAGUGUAAGGGAUACUAAAUGACCAAAUACUGGGACUUGCCCUGAAUCCAUUCAAAACGGGCCCCUGUAUAAUUGACCUACAGUUGUGUUGGCUACCUGUAUAUCAUACUGUACAUGUAGCGGCUUGUAAAAAUGCGCCCGGAACAUGAAAGGCAUGAAUGACCGUUUUUUAGUUAUUAGUAUUAGUUAGCCUCAUCAAGAUCAUUAGUAGGGGUUUUAGAGCCAUUUUUGAUGGUUCUGUCUGUAUAUCGUCGCCCGGCUAGCAGAAGGGCGUUAGUACGCGAGCACCUCGAAAACUACUUUUCGAAUUAUUCACAUUUAAAGAUUUGUUUUAUAUUUUAACUACUUUUUGUCCCGUAAAUUGUUUAAAGGGGCAUGUUCCCCGUAUUCCAGAGGGCGUUCAAAAUACGUACGCGCUGGCGGACGGUGCUAUAGCUGCCCAUUGACACCAACAGAUUAAGGCUCUUACGCAGAUGGCAUGUUCCGAUAACUACACUAGCGGGAGCGUGCCCCUUUAAAACUUAAGACUAAUGGAAUUUUAAAGUAGAACACGACCACAAUUUUUUUUCGGAAAUAAGUCAGUUUUAUAAAAGUUUGAGGCAAUCUAGUGCUAACGCCCUUCUGCUUAGCGCUUCAUUUUUUACCUGAAAUUCGAGCUAACGCCCUUCUGCCAGCCAGGCGACGAUAUGGUUCAUGACUUUCAACUAAUAUGCCCUUUUGUGUUCUGGGGUGUAUUUAACUUUCACUAAGUUUGUAUACCUUACCAUGUAGUUAUUGCCCAAGGUAAUUGAGUGAGCAUCUACAGGUGAAGCUACAAAAAAUCUACGGAAAUGUUGUAGCGCAAAAUUGGAAUCGUCUUCUUGCUAUACCCCUGUACAUGUAUGUCAUGUUUCUUUUACUCUUUUAAGUGUUUAGUUCAAUAUUGUGCUGAAUUAAAUAUGGAUUUAUUGAUCCAUCAUUAUAGUCAAUAUAUAUCAUUUAUGAGACUUCUUUUUCCGGUCAUUUAUUUUUGUGAUUAAAGGGGAAAAAUUUUAAGGCGGUAAAAGAUGAUUAUAUUCCUAAAAAUUUCAUAAUCAAGACUUGGUGGUACUUUGCUUUUGGAAUUGGCUCAAUUAAGAGCACAGGCUGACCAAUAGAAAUGUCUGCAAGAAAAUAUUUGCUUCGGGUUGGAACAUGAGAGGGGAAUGCAUUUGGUAUUUAUUCAAAGUUCAAUAUACACUGUAUUACAUAAUUAUGCUGAUGAUGUUACUAUGUGCCUGGAGCAAUGUUGUAUGGUACGUACAUCAAGCGAUACAUGUAAUUUAUUUUGUGCAUACUUAUAAUUACAAAUUUGAAUGAAAUACUACCAUUUUUUGUCAAAUGCUACAGAUUUCCGUCUGGCAGAAUUAAGUAGAAAUAAGUAACUGGAGUACAGGUUGUAAACACAUGUUUUUAGUUUGUGUGCCUAUAGUUUAAUGCUUGAAAUUAUUAUUAUUUUGAUUUAUGAUUCGUCUCAGUAAAUAUGCUGGUUUUCUGAUGAGGACAUACACUCAUUCAAAUUAGCCUUUAUUCUGAUAAUAAUCUAUUUUCUUCAACAUGUGAAUUCUCUGCAUCUAGAGUAACAUAAAUGGAUUGUCAAGCCUGUCUUUUAUAACAGAUAUUUAUUUCACAUUCUUUCAAAUUCUGGAUGGAAUCCUAACACUUAAAUAAAGCAUUCCCCAUUACAUUUAUGUUCCAUAUUAAUAAAGAACUAUGUACUGUACCUUCUUAUGUUCCAUGCAUAAAAUGCAAAACAUUUAUUCUAGGCUGUGGUUUUAUGUGAAAUUAUAUUUAGUUCUUAUUACUCCCUUCCAAAGAUAACUUACACAUAUACAUGUACAUGUACCUGCAAAAUGCAUUCACACCAGAAAUAUGAAACAUACAUGCUAUAGAAUUGCAUUACUUGUAUACAUUUGUGUUGUGUAACAGAACACUCCGGUAGCAGGCUUUCUAGCCUAAGGGACCUUGCAUUUUGCAGCAUCAUUGUUUGACAUACAUUUUGGUGGUAUAUAGCGAAUAGCGAAUAGUGAAUAGCGAAUGUCAAAAGGGCAUUAGUUUCAAAGUCUUUCUGGUUGUGGAUGUCAGACUUUUCUGUUCAAAUGUGUCAUUUCUGGUAAUGUACUGAAUUGGUGUGUAUAUUUUAAAGGCAGGGUACUUUAUCGACAUCGCUACCACUCCCACCAGUGUUGUAAUGUACUUUCAAUUGCGCCAUCUUUUGGUGAAGGCGUACAAAGAGUGAUUUCCGGUUUGUGUACUCAAGCCUCAUCACACACACUAAACAAUUGGUGUUGCAUUGUGGGACAUGUCUGUCAACACAUUGAGAAAUUGUGAGCAGCUGAUGGCAGCAGAUGUAAAUCUGAAGUAGUGUCAUUAGAAUUCCCUGCCUUGUAAACGUAUUUAGAGUUAUAAUCCAGGGACCCGUUUCACAAAGCCUUUUUUCAAUGACAAAUGACAAAUAUCAGUGAUAAAUCUGCUGAUAACCAAUCAGAAGCAACGAUUUCAGCAGCUUAUAUUAACAACAACUGUCAUUUUGUCACUAAUAACAAGUUUGUGAAACGGCCCCUAGGUCAUAGCCAAAGAGAAAAUUGCAGUCAACCUGCCCAUACAGAAUAUAAGUCGUUCAUCUACAUCUAAGAAGACAAUUAUUUAUUGGCUUAUCACAUCACUACAGUCAGUAAAACAUGUUGGUUUUGCAAUUUUAUUUUGAUGCAUAUAUAAAAUUACAAAAGUUUUCUUGGGCACCUAUUAUACACUCUGCAGACAUUUUCUUUAAUAUAUGUAAUAUGGAUAUACUAAACUAAGCACAUAAGGAACAAAUGCUUCACGUUUCAUUGUAUAAUUGGUGUUAGGUAAGUUAAUAUGUGCACAGUAAGUCACAUAUCUAUAAUUUGUUUAAUGUAUUGCUGAAUGCUUUCUGAUUUUCAUGAAGAAAUAAAAGCAGUAGGGUAAAAUUGAAAAUUUAGUAUGUCAAUUAAGUAGCGACAUAUUGGCCCGAAUUUACAAAGGAUGUUUGUCAACAAACCAAGGUUUAUGUACGUCAUAUGAUGCGUUUUGACACGUUGUUUACAAACCUGGUUUGUAAAUAACAAAAGGAGGUUUGUCGACAAACCUCCUUUGUGAAUUCGGGCCCUUAAGGCUUAUGCUUCUUGCAUUUGUAUGGAAUGUUAAACUAUUGCACAGAAAGUGGUGCAAAUACUGAAGUAAUAAAUUAUGGACAGAAGUCCAUUCUGUUUUUGUUAAA